UUCCGGCGCUAAGACUUUUAUAAUUUUGUCGCGCUCCCAUCUUCCUUCCACUCCGAUCUCGGCUUCUCCUCUCCCUCGCCGCACCACUACCUUCGGGAAAAUGGCGUUUGAUAAGGUCAAGGUCGCCAACCCCAUCGUCGAAAUGGACGGGGAUGAAAUGACUCGAGUUAUUUGGAAAUCAAUCAAAGAGAAGCUCAUUUUUCCAUUCCUGGACUUGGAUGUAAAGUACUUUGACUUAGGCCUUCCCCAUCGUGAUGCAACUGAUGAUAAAGUUACAGUAGAGAGUGCAGAAGCUACUCUUAGAUAUAAUGUAGCAAUCAAAUGUGCAACAAUUACUCCUGAUGAAGCUCGGGUCAAGGAGUUCAACCUGAAAUCCAUGUGGAAGAGUCCAAAUGGGACAAUCAGGAACAUCCUAAAUGGUACGGUGUUUAGGGAGCCAAUUAUCUGUAAAAACAUUCCACGGCUCGUUCCAGGAUGGACAAAGCCCAUAUGCAUUGGAAGGCAUGCAUUUGGUGAUCAGUACCGAGCAACUGAUACAGUUAUCAAAGGGCCUGGCAAGCUCAAACUAGUUUUUGAGGGAAAAGAAGAGGAGGUUGAACUAGAGGUGUUCAACUUCACUGGUGCUGGAGGAGUUGCCUUAUCCAUGUAUAAUACUGAUGAGUCACUUCGUGCCUUUGCUGAAUCUUCAAUGGCUACUGCUUACCAGAAGAAGUGGCCACUUUAUCUUAGCACCAAAAAUACUAUUUUGAAAAAAUAUGAUGGAAGGUUUAAGGACAUAUUCCAAGAGGUGUAUGAAGCUGAAUGGAAAUCCAAGUUUGAGGCUGCAGGAAUCUGGUAUGAACAUCGCCUCAUUGAUGACAUGGUUGCCUAUGCACUUAAGAGUGAAGGUGGCUAUGUAUGGGCUUGCAAGAAUUAUGAUGGAGAUGUACAGAGUGAUUUCUUGGCUCAAGGUUUUGGAUCCCUUGGUCUGAUGACAUCAGUACUGGUGUGCCCUGAUGGAAAAACUAUUGAAGCUGAAGCUGCACAUGGCACAGUAACCCGUCAUUUUAGGGUUCACCAAAAAGGAGGUGAAACCAGUACAAAUAGCAUUGCUUCAAUCUUUGCCUGGUCACGAGGGCUUGCACACAGAGCAAAGCUAGAUGGCAAUCCUAGCCUACUUGAUUUUACUAAGAAACUGGAAGCUGCUUGCAUUGGAACUGUGGAGUCUGGAAAGAUGACCAAAGAUCUUGCCCUCCUCAUUCAUGGGCCCAAGGUGACUCGAGACCAGUGGCUGAACACUGAGGAGUUCAUCAAUGCAGUGGCAGAGGAGCUGAGAGCAAGACUCCUGAGCAAAUGAAAUUUGCGUGAGUAGGGCCGGAAUGCAGAGAAUGAUUCUUCAAUUGUGUGAUUAAGACUUUUGAUAAUGAAUAAGAAAAGCGUUCGUCAGCCUUCAUUGUUUCAUGAAGCUGAACUAUCAAAUUUUGGAGAGAAUUUUCUCUGCUUUAACGUUUUGCUGCAAUUUCAGAAAUUAUUCAACAGCACUUCCUCUCUUCCAAUUACAGACAGUAACUUCAUCAUUGAAUUGGUCUGUUACUCCAAGUGGACGGUGCAAUUGUCUGAUGCUCUGAUGGUGUUUGGUAUAUUGUUCUUUGAGAACUCUUGUAAGUGACCUCUUCUCGGUAGGAUGCUGUGAUAUCCACGAACUGCAUGCCAGAGCCUCUUCUUUUCAUGGAUAUUUUUGCUAGAGAUCCAUAACAGUUUGAGUUUGCUUACAAAGGACUUGUGCUGUAUAUUAACUGGCAACAUAAAUAUGGAACUUGAUUCUACCGGAAAAA